AUGAAGAGGAGCGACUUUUCCGCUGAAUUAAAAGACUUUCCUGCCAUCGAGGAGACAGAUAUAGAGAAUGCAGAGAAAAGGGUCCAGGGAUCAUCCACAUACAGGUCAACAUAUUUACUGCUCACAGAAAAAAGACCAGUGACUUUUGCGUUAGUGGAUUGUGCAUCUAUUACUCCUGGAAUCAUGUUUCCAGUGAUUCUGCUUCUUGUAGGCCUGUCUGGCCUCACUUUACCAGUUCACGCAGCGCCGGCUCUAUUGGACGACCUUGUCAACCUGGCUAUCGAACUCGUUGAUGAAGUGUAUGAUUAUGCUGUUAAUGACACAGAGGAACUAUCACUAUCUUCAGCUGAAAUUAAUGACACCAUUGAUUGGAUUUUUUCCUUCUUUGAUGAACCAGAAGCGUGUGAUCCAAAUCCUUGCCAGAACAAUGGAGUUUGUGAGCUCCUAAAGAAUGGCAAAUUCAAAUGCAUCUGUCCAGAGCCUUACAUUGGCAAAAAGUGUCAGGAAGAGAGGAACGUGUGUAAGAAAGUGAAGUGUGGUUAUGGUGAUUGUGUCAGAACUCAAGAGGCCCCAUUUUAUGAAUGCAAGUGCUGGGCCCCCUAUCUGGGCUCUAAGUGCAAUAAAGCCUCUGCGUGUAACCCGAGUCCAUGCCUGAAUGGAGGAGAGUGUGUUAAAGGCCGUACAAGAGCCAGUUUCACAUGCAGAUGUCCUGAAAAUUACAUUGGGAAGUUCUGCCAAGUUGGUCCAAAUGAUUGCUAUGAAGGGAAUGGGGAAUCAUACAGAGGUUUUGUCAGUGAGACAGUGGAAGGAAUGGAAUGUUUACCCUGGAACUACUAUCUUAUUCCCUUCAAGGAUUUUGAAGGCAAUGAUAGCAUUGGAGCCCACAAUUACUGCAGAAAUCCGGAUGGAGACCGGGAACCCUGGUGCUUUGUGAAAGAGACGGGCAAACUCCGGUGGGAUUACUGUAACGCCAAGCCGUGUUCUGAACCAGAACCAGCAAAACCCUCCACAACCAUUGCAAAACUGGAAUUUUCUGAAUGUGGAAAGACUCAGACUAAUAUGAUAUCCCCAAGGAUAUUUGGUGGGAGGAAGUCCCUGCCUAAAGCGCAUCCCUGGCAGGUUUCAUUUCAGGUCCGGCCCAAGGGCUCUAAUGCAACCUUCAGCCACAACUGUGGAGGAACCCUGAUUGACUCCUGCUGGGUCCUAACUGCUGCUCACUGUAUUGAUGAGAAUGAGGAGGUAAGGCUGGAGAUGGGUGGUGUGAACCUGGAGAAAGAUGACCCUGCAAAACAGUUUCUGGAGGUGGAGAAAAUCAUUGCUCAUGAGAACUAUACAGAGACACUUGAAGCCCUGUAUAACGAUAUAGCCCUGCUGAAACUAAAGUCAAUAAAUGGACGGUGCGCCAAUGAGACCAGUUCUGUUAAGGCAGCAUGUCUCCCCACUGAUUCAUUCCCUGAUGAAACACAGUGCACCAUAUCAGGCUAUGGAGCCACUGAGAAAGAGUAUGCUGCCUCUCCUCAGCUGCUGAAUGCCAAAGUUCUCCUGAUCUCUCAGAAACGCUGUAUGUCUCGUAAUGUCUAUGGGAACAGAAUGGAUGAUUCCAUGAUGUGUGCUGGAUAUAUGCAAGGAAAGACUGACUCUUGUCAGGGUGAUUCUGGUGGACCCCUGGUUUGUGAGAAGGAUGAUACUCAUUACAUCUAUGGUGUGGUGAGUUGGGGUGACAGCUGUGGCAAGAAGAACAGGCCAGGUGUCUAUGCCCGUGUUACCAAAUUCAUUGACUGGAUCAAUGAAAAGAUGAAAUCAUCUUAGGAUAGAUACUCUAGAGAUAGCUGAAAGAGGUUUUAAGUGAGAAAACUAAUUUUCAACUCAGUCCACAGUUACACACAUGUGCAAUAAGCACAAUUGGUAAUCAAAGACAUAACAGCAGGUGGUUUAAUGUCAGUAUUUUAGAACUGGUCUGGUCACAAGUGACCCAGGCGAAUUGUUUGUUACUUACACAAAAAACAUUCAAAUAAAAAAAAAAUUUUAUGGGCUAUUAGCCAUUCAAUAGCCACUUUUGUGGUUCAUGUACAUAUUGAAAUAUUAAAGUCGCAAUGAAACAGUGACAGACCUCUCUUUCUGCAUUGUAACAUUUAACAGAUAAAGAAAAAAUGCAGUGGGUGUUGCACUCAAAAGUGGAGGAAGAUGAGCGUGAACAUGCAUAGUUUAAGCAGACUUGUCCCAAAUAGCACACUUCAUGUGCACGUCCUUUAAGUCCACAAGACUGUAGGGUGUUCCAUAUGCGGCCGAUGUGCACUUUUGCCAAGCACACAUUGAUGCGCCAUUACGUCACAAAAGUAUUUAUGGUGUCAUUUGGGACAGUGCCUAAAGGAUUGGUGAAGUCUCAUUUUAAGUGGCAGGUCUAGUUAUGACAUUUUGAUUAAACAUUUAAAUAUGAAAAAUACACAAAUGGUUUGCGGAAAAAAAAAAAUCUGUACACACUUAAAUUAGGAUGAAUUCAUUUCAUGCAGACUGAGAAACUUUUAGCACACUAAUUUCCAUUUGACUUGUCUUAACUUUAACCUUUUCAAAGUCAAUAAGCUGACAUUUAUAGGAACAUAUCCAAGUAAACUGGAGGUAUUGAUAUUUACUUUGUGGAAUAAAAUUUAAGUUUUAAGUGUCA